CGAGUUUAGAGUUGAAACAGAUUUACGAAAAAAUACUAAAUGUAUGGAUCCUUCAGUGUUAAAUAUACGUCUUGGCGGAACUGGCGAGGAGAAAAUUGCCGAUGAAGAAGUGCAAAAAAUAUGCGAUGAAGUUGGCAACCCCCAUGUGGAAGAUAAAGCCGGGCGCACGUUUGACGUUUUCAUUGCUAAAUCGUACAGAUCACAAAGUGUUGCGGGAAGAAAUUACUUCAUCAAGGUGCAUGUAGGUGGAGAUGACUUUAUUCAUCUACGUGUUUAUAAAACCCUGCCCUGUUAUGGAGAAACAUUAACUCUAGACGGCCUGCUGACAUCCAAGGCGCAUCAUGAUGCAAUUGAAUAUUUCGGCCCAAGUCUAUAG